AUCUCACAGUCACACAUGUUUAUGUAAUGCAGCUCAGACGGUAUCGACGUUUUAUCAGAUACAACCAAUCACAAACGUCCUUAUAUUAGCAAGCUAACAAUACGCUCUUUGAUCGAAAGAUUUGAUUGGUUGUCAGAGGAAUUCAAGAUGGCAGCGCCCAUAGUUGCAAUGAUUCGCCAGCGUGCUCUAACUUUGCUAAGUUAUAGGUCCCAUAGAGUUUUAUUCGGCACAAAAAGACAUUAUAGUGAUACUCCAAGCACUGCUGAUGGAGAAAAUUUACAAACUGUAGAAAACGAUACGGAUAAGAACACUCCAGGUGGCUCUAAACUCACGGGAUUUGCCGAGGCGUUUGUUAGGCAUGCACAUGUGAGCGACCCCGAACCUUCGGGGGACCUCGACAGUGCCUCCCCGUCUGACGAUGACGUGCCCUUUGCAGAGUUGUUCAGAAAGUCGGCUCAUGUCAAUCUUGGUGCCGCUUAUAAUCAGAUCGUGUAUGGAAAUAUAUUUCACAUCGUAGAAGAUGAUCUGUACAUCGACUUUGGAGGAAAGUUCCAUUGUGUUUGUAAAACGCCAGCUGAAAAUUCAGAAAAGUAUCACAGGGGAGCUCGGGUUCGAUUGAGAUUGAAAGACUUGGAAUUGACUGAUCAUUUUGUUGGUGCGUCAAGAGACCUUACGCUGCUUGAGGCAGAUGCAGAGCUUUUGGGACUCGCGAAGCAAAAGCAGAAGUGAACUCUCAGUUGCAUGCAACUUCACGUAAGAGAACUUGAUUGAAAUCUGGACAUAUUAUAUCAGCUAAUUUUGAGGAAGAAACAUACAAACUGUGCUGUUAGCACGUCUGAUUAUUUGUCUUGAGGCGCAGUCUCCUUCCGCAGAAUUUUGAAACAAAGGUAGCGGAACUUGCAUCUUGGAAUGUUGCUCUAAUUGCAAUAGAUUUUUAUUGAAACCGACACAAGUCAGGCAGGUUAUAGCUGAAACAGUUUUUCAUGGAUAUGUUGUGCAAGUUGAUAAGGUUAGUUAGCAAAUCACAAAUGCUUCUCAAUAAUACUUAUUUUGAAAAAAAUUGUGUUUUAUAUUUGUAAAUCAAAUAAUUAUUGCUGUCUGUUGGUGCCAGAAGGGUAUUAACACUGUAAAAAGAUAUGAGUUAACAGCCUUCUGGCUCUCAGAAAACAAUGUGUUCUUUCUAGCUUGAAACAGAUCGGUUGUCUCAUUUGUAGUAGAACAUAAUUGAAUUACACAUACCUGUAUUAUUAUGUUUUAUGAAUAGCUCUCCCCUCUUGGUCUGUAUAUGUAUUAUUAGGAAUAGCUGGAAAAUUGAUUUACCAAAUAGUAAUGUACAUACCUCGGAUCAAGAAAAGUAUUUUUUCUUUUUACAUGAAGAAAUGUUGUCCUUGUUACUGUCAUGAAAGAACUUUAACUAUAUGUAGUCGCCAAGGUCUGUAUUCUAAUAAUAUUUCAUUUUAAACCCAACACUACAUUUAAGCAGUUGUCCUAAAUCAGGUUCAACACAAGAACUUAUAAUCUGAGGUCUAAGUCUUUCCUAUGUUAAAAGUGAUCUUAAGUAUAACUAUAGUAUCAUAAUACAGACCCAAGAGUUGUUUACAGUUUCUUUUAAAAGUGUGAUUCCUUUUAUUUGCCUCAUAUUUGAGAUGACUUCAAGACAAAUUAAAUGAUAUAAGGAAGUGCUGAUAAUGCAAGCAUGCUCUUUCAAAAAUGAGAUACGAGCAAUAAUCUCAUUGAAUUCUAAAACAAACAGUUGAUAUUUCAUCGCUACAAACUGACAAACUAUAUCAGCAUUCAUGUUAUGCUGGGAGUAUGUUUCAUACAUUUGAUAUUGGGAAGGUUGCAUGAAUGUGAACAUGAAAUGAUAAGAAGGAAAAUUCUUAACUGUUCUGAAUUUAAGUCGGGACAGAAAAAGGAUGAUAUUUCCCUGCAGCGAAAUACAUACUUUGUGAAAAGCAUGGUACCACGGUAAUAUGAGAUCAUUGAGAUGUUAUAUAUAAAUUCAAUAGCAAGAUUCACUGUAACGUUGUACAAUGUUUUGUAAAGUUAGUCACUACAUGUUGCAAAUACAUUUUGUUUGUAUGGAAUUUCUAACUGUAAGUGCAUCAGAGUUGUUCAAGUGAAUCUUGAAGAAAUUUUUCAUGAUGAUUUUGUAAUGAUUUCUUUCAUAAAACUGAAUAUGAUUUGUAAUAGUU